AUGCUCAGAAUGCCGCCGGUCUUGCUGCUAGUGUGGCUGCUGCCCCUGACGGAGGGGUCCCAGCGGGCAGAGCCCAUGUUCACGGCCGUCACCAACUCGGUUCUGCCGCCCGACUACGACAGCAACCCCACCCAGCUCAACUACGGAGUGGCCGUCACGGAUGUGGACCAUGACGGGGACUUCGAGAUCGUCGUGGCAGGGUAUAACGGCCCCAACCUGGUUCUGAAGUACGACCGGGCCCAGAAGCGGCUGGUGAACAUCGCGGUGGACGAGCGCAGCUCCCCCUACUACGCGCUGAGGGACCGGCAGGGCAACGCCAUUGGGGUCACGGCCUGCGACAUCGACGGCGACGGCCGCGAGGAGAUCUACUUUCUCAACACCAACAACGCCUUCUCGGGGGUGGCCACGUACACGGACAAGCUGUUCAAGUUCCGCAAUAACCGCUGGGAGGACAUCCUGAGCGACGAGGUCAACGUGGCCCGUGGCGUGGCCAGCCUCUUUGCCGGACGCUCUGUGGCCUGUGUGGACAGGAAGGGCUCUGGACGGUACUCCAUCUACAUCGCCAAUUACGCCUACGGUAACGUGGGCCCUGACGCCCUCAUCGAAAUGGACCCCGAGGCCAGCGACCUGUCGCGGGGCAUUCUGGCGCUCAGAGACGUGGCCGCAGAGGCUGGGGUCAGCAAAUACACAGGCGGCCGGGGUGUCAGUGUGGGCCCCAUCCUCAGCAGUAGCGCCUCGGACAUCUUCUGUGACAACGAAAACGGGCCUAACUUCCUUUUCCACAACCGGGGCGACGGGACCUUCGUGGACGCCGCGGCCAGUGCUGGUGUGGACGACCCCCACCAGCACGGGCGAGGAGUCGCCCUGGCCGACUUCAACCGCGACGGCAAAGUGGACAUCGUGUACGGCAACUGGAACGGCCCCCACCGCCUCUACCUGCAGAUGAGUGCCCAUGGGAAGGUCCGCUUCCGGGACAUCGCCUCGCCCAAGUUCUCCAUGCCCUCCCCCGUCCGCACCGUCAUCGCCGCCGACUUUGACAACGACCAGGAGCUGGAGAUCUUCUUCAACAACAUCGCCUACCGCAGCUCGUCAGCCAACCGCCUCUUUCGAGUCAUCCGCAGGGAGCACGGAGACCCCCUCAUCGAGGAGCUCAACCCCGGUGACGCCUUGGAGCCUGAGGGCCGGGGCACAGGGGGCGUGGUGACCGACUUCGAUGGGGACGGCAUGCUGGACCUCAUCCUGUCCCACGGAGAGUCCAUGGCUCAGCCGCUGUCCGUCUUCAGGGGCAACCAGGGCUUCAGCAACAACUGGCUGCGAGUGGUGCCGAGAACCCGGUUCGGGGCCUUCGCCAGGGGGGCCAAGGUCGUGCUCUACACCAAGAAGAGCGGGGCCCACCUGAGGAUCAUCGACGGGGGCUCUGGCUACCUGUGCGAGAUGGAGCCUGUGGCGCACUUUGGCCUGGGGAAGGACGAGGGCAGCAGCGUGGAGGUGACAUGGCCGGACGGCAAGAUGGCGAGCCGGAACGUGGCCAGCGGGGAGAUGAACUCGGUGCUGGAGAUUCCCUACCCCCGGGAUGAGGACACGCCCCAGGACCCAGCCCCACUGGAGUGCGGCCAAGGAUUCUCCCAGCAGGAAAGCGGCCACUGCACCGACACCAACGAGUGCAUCCAGUUCCCCUUUGUGUGUCCGCGGGACAAGCCCGUGUGCGUCAACACCUACGGGAGCUACCGGUGUCGGACCAACAAGAAGUGCAGCCGCGGCUUCGAGCCCAACGAGGACGGCACGGCCUGCGUGGCGCAAGUGGCCUUUUUAGGUGGGUAUUCUUCAGCCGCCUUUGCGAUCUCUGAGCCUCUCUCUCGGGCUUCCUAUCUCUCUCUAGGCCUUGGACUUUGCCUUCAGUUAUAUGCACUUUAAAUCCCAUCAAUAAAGGAAAACAAAACAAAACAAAGCUCCCAA